UUUUCUUUUUCGGAAGACAGAAGUCUCAAAGCUCGAUACGGUGAGAAGUUCGUCAUUUUCAAAAAUAACGAAUUUAUCUAUCUCUCUCUCUCUCUCUCCUUCCUUCCUUCCCUUCGCGCUUUACCUAGUCCUUUUUUGUCGCGCAGCGCCGCCGUCGCAGAAAAACGGGUUAUUAAACUAUUACGAAGGCGGCACAGUGUUGAAAGCGGCUCCUCUGCUCCUCUCGCCGACUUGCUUCGAAGGAUAAAAGCGGCUGGUAUACAACGAUGUCUCGACGAUACGAGAGUAAAUGACGUCCAGGAAGAAUGCUGCUGUAGAAUGCUCCACAUCUCUUCAACGCGCCGCCGUCGCAGAAAAACGGGUUAUCAAACUAUUACGAAGGCGGUGUUGAAAGCGACUCCUCUCAGCUCUUCUCGCCGACUUGCUGCGAGGGAUAAAAGCGGCUGAUAUACAACGAUACCUUGACGAUACGAGAGUAAACGACAUCUAGGAGAAAUGCUACUGGAGAAUGUUCUACAUCUCUUUAACGGAUUGCUGUGGCGGGCGAUGCGUGAAUCUGGCUGCGCGAUUUCGAGUAUAUUGUACGAUCGUGGUUCUCCCAUCGAAAUAUAAUAAAGUGUCGGCCGCGUGUGCGGGAGUGCCGUACAAAGUGCCGCGCGAUCGUCCUAUUUUGCUUAUUAGUGCGCGCCCGAAUGUGAUUAACCGUGUUUUCGCAAGUGAGUGCUAUGAAGGAGUACCAAAGGCAAGAGAGGGGAUCCACGAGGCAACGGCGGAGCAACCAUGAGAUCAAGAGUUGCAAACUCCGCCGCUGCGCAUCGGACUGGAUGGAUGGGCCGGCAGUGCUGUCGAUGCCGCCGCUGACAUCUUCACAAAAAUCGGCACAGUCACCGCAACCACAAUCCCAUCCAAAACAGAAUCAGGAGUUGCAGGUGGGUACCGUGUCGCUUUAUGGGAUCCACAUCGUGUCGCUUGUGAUCGAAGGCCAAGAGAGGCUGUGCCUCGCACAGAUCAGCAAUACUCUGCUAAAGCAGUUCAGCUACAACGAGAUCCACAAUCGCCGAGUGGCGUUGGGUAUCACCUGCGUGCAGUGCACGCCGGUGCAACUGGAGAUACUUCGUCGUGCAGGCGCGAUGCCGGUGUCCUCGCGUAGAUGCGGCAUGAUCACUCGUAGAGAAGCGGAACGUCUCUGCAAGUCCUUCCUCGGCGAUAACGCACCCCCUAGAUUACCCGAGGACUUUGCGUUUUCCGUUCAUCACGAGUGCGCCUGGGGCUGCCGCGGCGCGUUUCUACCCGCUCGUUACAACAGUUCACGCGCCAAGUGCAUCAAGUGCACGUACUGCGGCCUGUUCUUCUCGCCGAAUAAAUUCAUCUUCCAUUCGCACCGUAUCGGCCCGUCCGACAAGUACGUGCAACCGGACGCGGCCAACUUUAACUCCUGGCGCCGUCACAUGAAGCUGUCCGGCAGCCCGCCGGACGAGGUGGUCCACGCCUGGGAAGACGUCAAAGCGAUGUUCAACGGUGGGACCAGAAAACGUUUGCUGGGCAACGCGAACAGCCCCCGAGAAUCGCCGAGUCCGGCCAAGCAGGCCAGAUCAUCGCCAAACUCAGCCGUCCAGAUUUCCACCCUGGUACCGACACCGGCGCAUCCUCGCGUACCGCCAUUCCCGGAACUUCCCCUACCGUUAUCCCGUAAUCUCGUCAUGGACUAUGUGUGGCAUCAGCAUCAGCAAGCGGCGGCGGUCGCCGCGGCCAAGACACCAGGCCCGUUCGCCUUCCCGCCCUACGCUCUGCCCUGGUUGACCAAGCGGAGUCCCAUCCUUUUUCCCGGACCGCUACCGCCGCCCAUAAGCGGUUCCAGCCCCACGGAACCUUUGAUUCCAACUGUCAAUCCAACUUUACAUCAGUCUGCAUUUCGUCCGGUUAUUCGCGGACCACCCAUCGUCGAGCCGGCGGUCAUCCCCGAGCGACCAACAGAUAUUAACCAGAAAGAAGAGAACUCCGACGAUGAAGUCGACAUCGAGACGACGGAGGAUGACCCGGUGACCCCGCUCAAUGCGAGUCUUCAGAAUCUCCACUCGGCCUCGAAUUCCGCCAUGAGUAGCCACAGCGGACGGAGUACAUCGCCGCAAUGCUGGAGUCCUCCCCGAGAAACGGAACGGGAGGCUGAAAAGAUUGCCGAAGAAACCGCGGCUCUACGUGACGUGAAGACGGAAUUGCCGCCGGCGAGAAGUCCCGAGAGCUGGCACGGCAACGCUUACUAUCGACAUCUCAAUGUUCUGAAGGGGAACGAGCCGGGAGCGGAAAGGGCGGGUUCCGAUUGCUCGGCUUGCCGUCCUACACGCGGUAUAUUUUACGGCCAAGUCCACAGUCCGUCCGCGCCGACCAAUUAAUUGAGCUGGCUGGCUGGAUUAAUCGACACGCAGGAGCAGCAGUGCACGAGGAGGAGGAGGAAACUGUGACAGAAAAGAUGAAGGAUGUGCAUUUAACCCGAACCGUUCCGUAAGCUUGUGACACGUUCGUUGCCUUAAAGCGCACUCGUCGGAUCUCUUUAUUCUCGAAUUUAAGGGCUCGACGCAUAACAAUGAUGUGACAUGCUUUCUUAAAAAACCUGAGAAAAUUAAUCUUAAAAUUGACAAAACUAAUGAAUUCAAAAAUUAAUCAAAAUUGAAGAAAUUAAAAUUAUUUUAUUAUGAUAUAAAUUAAUUUCUAUUCAAUUUUCGAAUAUAUUAAAUUUCAGUUUAGAUUGGUUUUCUCAAGUUUUUAGAAAGAUCCGUUAAAAACACGGUAUUGCACCGAACCCUUUAAAUUUGUAACUCACUAUAAGUUACGCGGCAUCGCUGAAACGGGCGCCCAGUUUUGUAAUCAUAAGGUUCUUAUUUGUCCAAAGAUGUGGACCCGUUGCUAGCAAAUGUUAGGUAAUAUUUUGUCUCACGCGUUUUUUGUGAUAUCGAUAUAGAAGCAGGCAUCAAUUUUAUCGCGUCGUCAAGUCGGCGACUUCUUGUCACGUCCGGUAAUUGAUCUUGACUUGGAAGCAUAACAGCUCGUUUUAGCAGGACGUUUACGCGUCUCGUCCUUUUACGGCGUAAGGAGGCGAACAGAUCGAUGGUGGAAUCAAGAAGUUUUGCAAGCAUUCAUUGUGAACAUAAAUGACUCUAGAAUAACGUUCGCUGGAGAUCAUUCUAUUGCGUUAUAGAUAGUACAGGAAAGAAAAUCGCGAACGACAUUUAUGAAUCCGAGAAUCUUCGAGUGGAUUUUUGUUAAUCUCAUGUUACGUCACUAGCUAUCAUUUUCUAGCACAGGUCGCGGAAAGCUAUAACAUGCUUCCAUAUCUAUAAGGCAAAAAUAUGGAUAAAGAUAAACGUGUCUUUUACAUAACAUGAAAAUGAUGGUUUAGAUGAUUUAUAUUUUAUAUUUAAUUCUUUGAUUAUUUUUUCUGCUGAUAAAAUCAAU